AUGGUAAUCUAAUACGAUUUAAGUGAUAAUAAAACACAACAAAAGUACAAUGGAUUGUGGAAGCUCUACCUGUUUGUUACUUGUACCGCCAAAUCCUAUAGGAACAGAGCUUGAAGUCACAACUUUCGAUGACUUUUUGGACGGUAUGAUGGAACUUACAGAAAGCGAAAAUAUAAGGAAUAUAUCGGAGCUAUCUUGCAUGGACUCAACGCCUGAGGAAAUCAGUAAAUUGGAACUUCAAUCACACGAUGAAUGUCUCGAGUCAAGAAACAAUAUUAAUCUACAGAAGAUAAAGUUUCUGGUUUCACAUUUGAAAAGGAUAAGAAAUCUGAUCACCAAAGUUCAAGAAGACUACCCGUCACGGAUCGUUGAUUAUUUGUCAAGCUUCGCUGAUUAUGUCUACCAAACAGGUUGUAAACUACAAAAAAGAGAUUUUGAGGACAUCGUGGCGCAAGAUAAAUACAUAAUCGACAACUUCUUUGCAAAUAAAUAUUUGUGGCAAUAUACUUUGAGCACCGAGACAGGAAAGUCAGUGGAGUACGAUUUGCCAAAUGCGUUUACCAAAAGUACAGAGGUUAAAAUGAGCAAAACAUUGAACUUGCUUACCGAGGAAGAAAAUUCGAUGGAAUGCGAUUCAGAGAAUAUGUAUGUCGAAAAUACAGAGGAAAAAUUCAGCAAAAAAUUGAAAUUGGGACCCCAAUUGAGUGUUGCGAAGACAUUGCCAAUCACUCUGCCACGAACGAAACAGCGAAAAAGUGCGAAAAAACAAAAAAAAGCAAAAUCUGACAAAAAAGUGAAAAAAAUUGAAAAACAUAAAAUGACAAACGCCGAUUUUGCUUCAAAAAAGAAAAAAAGAAAACCCGAAAAUUGUGCUAAAAAAUCAAAGGAUAAAACAUCCCACGACACAGUUUUAUGUAAGGAAGGCAACCAGAAUCGAAAUGAGUCUUCAGACCCAAGAAGAAAAAUGAGCGUUGUUGGAAAUGGUCAGAGUGCACCAAAAAAGAAAAGUUUGGUGCAAACUGAGGCCAGCACCAAUGUCCACCUAUCCGAAAAAAAUGGGAAAUUGAUAAGUAAAAAGCUCGAUAGCAACAAAAUAUCCCGCAAAGGCGAACCAUCCCCCGUCUUGCAUAGCCCACAAUACACAAGCAGUAGCGAUUUAUACAAGAAUCACAACACAGCAGAAAAAGUUACCACCCCGUCGAUAUCCAUCGAUAAAAGUCGAGUCGGCAUCAACAAUACUACAAAUAAACGGAAUAAAGCUAUCUCAAAAAUUAAUAAGUUUCCAACUUCUAAGAAAGGACACCCAAAUUACGAUCGACAGAAGUUAAAAGAAGUUGUGCCAGCUCCUCUAGCAAACUACCCUGAUGUUGGCGAUGGAAAAACGUCAAGCCUAUCAACCAACUCGAGAGCCGAAUCUAAGGAAAAUACUCCAACAAAUUCUAAUGCACAGGAAGGAAAUUCUCAAUCUCUCUCUUGUCAUGGAAAGAAUUAUUCUACCGAUAAUACGUUGUCAACUGCCAGACAUUCUGAAUCAGUUAUCAAAAAGUCAAUUCCAAAGACUCACACGAAAAACAACUUUGCGGAAUAUAGUCUUACUGAUUCAACAAAUGUACACCCAAAAUCUCAAGCCCCAUUGACUGGCCAUAUCAAUUUUUUGACUAACAGUUCCAUUACGUUGCCAAGUACAACAAAUUGUAAUACAGAUAGCAACAAUUUGAAUAAUACAAAGAACAAAACGGAUACAUCAAAUUCAACAAACGAAAACAAAAAUCGUGACAGUUCGUCUAUGGACACGGAGGAGUCUAUCGUGGUUAUUCCCAAUGCUUCCCCAAUAAAACACCCAGCUAGCUGCAAAUCAAAUCCAUUGCGUCACAGGAAAAGCCCCCCAAAGGAAAAUACUAAUACAAAUUCAUUUUCUGAAGGCCCCAAACCAAAGCACUCAUCUCUCCGCGAAAUGAAUGCUCCUAGCAAUCCUAUUUUGCUAUCAAGUACAAAAAACUGUGAUGAAGGAAUCAAUGGUUUGACGAAAUACCAAGGUGACAAACUGCUCACUCACACGAAAGGGAGCAACAUUUACCACACUUCAUCGAAUGACCCGAACGAAUCGCGGAAUUCGGCAAACUAUACGGUCAAUCCCACAAUAAGCAAACCAGCUGAGAACGACGUGGAAACGUCAGAAGUAACAAAGGAGAGGCCUAAUGUCACAGCAAACAAUCAAAGUAGUAGUUAUAAAAAGGAAUCAACUUCAAAUAUAAGUUCAAAUACUAUUCCCAAAAGCUACUCGGAGGAAAGCACUACCACAAUAUCUAGAUAUGAGAAACCCAAACCUAUACCGCCCCUAAUGCGUCCUCCUAGUGAUCCCCGAAAGCCAAAAUGGAAUGGAAACCAGUACAAUUACGAAAAUCGGUAUUUCUAUGAGAGUAAUAGGGGUCAAGGGUCACGUUAUCCACCACGUGGUAAGUCCUACAACAACCAGCAAAACCAGUAUCCACCGUACAUGCAAAUUCCCCCUCCCGGAUGUUACCGCUAUCCAACUCAAUAUCGCCCGUACAAUCGCCACCCAACUCCACCCAGAUAUCAGGAGCGUUACUACUAGAAGACCAACUCAACAGUGUAGUAAAAUGUUUGCUGUUAAUGGUUUGCUACGAGUCUAUGUUGUUUAAAUUUUGUGUUGCAGAUAUGCACAGUAAUGGUAACCCAUAUUCCUUUUCUUGCGGAUAUGAAAGACAACAAGCGGGCUUCAUCAUAUGGUGAAUCAAAACAAAUUUCAGAGAAAGAUUGGUAAUUUCUUGGUGAAAUGCCAAUUAUGCACCUACUGUACGCAAACUGAAAUAUCCUACCCAAUAAUGGCAUUUUUCACUUUUCAAAUAUUGGAAAAACUCAUAAUUUUUAUUGCUUUUUUUCUUCACUGAUUAAGUUUAUUGUUAUUUAUUACCGAUUUCGCUUUUCAUAACAAAGAGCGGUUCAUUUUCUGACUUUAUACAACUGACUGACCGGUCAUUUUAGUCCUAUUAAGAAGGGUCUAUUAUAUAUCACAGACUUUACUACUAUUUUCAGUGCGAUCCAACUUCGAAAGUUAGUUGUUCCAUUUCCAUUAUUUUUUUCCCACCCCGCAUCCUUUGAUAAUAUGGUUAUUUUUUAUGCAAAUAAAAGUGCCCUGAGAUUCUGUUGGUUGUUAUAAUCUUUUACAUACAAUUCAAUCCAAUAUUUUAUUUUUAAGAGAAAACAGGAUUUCUUAUUGCUAUUUAUUUAGUCAGGGGUUUAUUCUAUACUUUAUUUAUAUUUUAUUUAAGUUUUUUGCCAUCAAAAUCCAAAAUUUUUUCUCAAAAUUGUCCAGCCACGACUUCAUUCAAGAUCUACUCUACUCCAAGUAGGCAUCGAGUCGUAAAGACUGAAGAGCAAUGAGUUUUGCAUCUAAAAACUGUUUUAGCGCGAUAUAUACACUGAAACACAUAUACUUUGAAUCGCAGAUUAAAAAUAGAGUCUUGCCUGUAACGGCCUUGCAAUCUUGCUAAGGUUGAAAUGUAAACUUUACCCUUUUUUGCGCCGACUGAACGAUCAAUUUCGUCCAGGAUUGAAAACCACUCAUAUCCCCGAUUCUGCUACUUUCUCCAUUAAAAAUAAUCUUAACAAAGUCAAUCUUCCAAGUCAUUCCGUGAUCAUUAGCAUAUACUAAAUUUCAAAAGUACUAUGCCAAAUUUCAAUCCAGAUAUGCUUAUUUUAUUUAUGCAAAUAGAAGUGCCAUGAGAUUCUUCUUUUCAAUUACUUUUUGUAUCCAACUUACGGGUUAUUUUUCCAACGCAAAUAUUGUUCCAUUUAUUGCAAAUGAAAGUGCCGUGAGAUAUAUUAUUAUUAUUUAUCUGAUAAACUUUUUCAUACUCAGUUAUUCUCGUACACAUCUUACUCCCAAGCUAGUUUCGUGCCUCCACUAAAUUUUUAAAUAAAAAAGUGGCGUUUUCAAUUGCCUAAAUUUUAACUCAAAUGGGGUUAUUUUUUGCAAAGAAAAGUGUCCUGAUAUUUUUCAUUCAAUUACUUGUUAUACUUUUUGCAUCUAAACCACUGGUUAUCAUUCCGGUACAUAUUUCCACCAGUAAUUAUGAGGCUUCCUCGGAUGCCUAUAUUCCCAAUCAAAUACGGUUCCAUUGUAUACAAAUGAAGUGCUCUGAGAUUCUGUUACUUGUUAUAUUUUUUCCGUUCAAUUCAUGUUACUACUUUGUUUUUUAGAAUCGGCUUUUCGGUUACCCAAAUAUCCAACCAAAUAUUGCUAUUUUUAUGCAAGUAAACGUAUUUAAGAUUCUUUGAUGUUUGAAUUUUUGCAUAUUUUUUUUAUUUAUUUGCCCGUGUUCCUUAUUAAGCCCUGGCAUGGUUAUCGCUUUUCCGGAAGUGAAUCGUUUUGGUUUCCUUGAAACUAGCCAAACGAGUAAUUCACUAUUCCGAUACAUUCUGGAAUAACAAUUUUGAAUAUGGAAUAUCGACUAGAAUAUAAAUUAGGUCAUCCUCAAUCUGGGAAUUUAAAUAAACCAUUUUGAUUCACGAAAUUUGGUUUUCGAUUAAUGCGAUAAGAACGUUAUGUCAAUCGCUUUCUUUUUGUACAAUGUCGUAGUUGCGUGAAGUCCUUUUCUUGUCUAGUCGUGAGAUGUCUAAUGCUCAAAAAUCAUAAAUUUAUAAAUGAAACUAUUUUUUCUUGUUCCCAGAAUCAAGAUUGGGCGCUCCAGAAGAAGAAUUAAAAUGUACUAAUAUAGAGGUAACUAAUUUUGUUUGCCUAGUUUACACCAAGUUGUGUAAAGGGACUGGAAUCUAUGGACAGGGGGUAUAUUCACAUGGCUAACACAGACAGUCCCCAAACUCGUAACAGAACUAAAAUAAGGAAAAUCGGAAUAAAAUCGUGGCCUAACACACACUACGGAGUACCCAAGAUUUACUAAAUCGAUUUUGAAAUCAGAUAUUCCGAACCUGAAGUAUUAGACAUCCCAGUUCGUCUCCCGCUUCCUAUUUCACUCCUCAAUUUUGAAUUUUCAUAAGUCUGGUUUCCGAUCAUAAAGUCAGCCGUCAAUUUGCAAAUUUAAUAAUGCCGGAUGUUAAUCUUUACAUACUCCCAAAUGGAUACUCUUGUAGUAUGUGUACUAGGAUAGGGUUUGGCCUUAAUUUUUUCCGAUUUUUCUCUAUUUUAGUUUGAUUAUGAGUUCGAGGACUGUCUGUGAUAGCCAAGUGAAUAUAUGCCCCCUGCCCAUUGUUUCCAGUCCCUUCAAGGUAGGCGAACAAAAUUAGUCACCUCCAUAUCGGUACACACAUUUCUGGAGCCCCCCAAUCAAUGUUGUAAAUAACAAAAUCUUGCCCAAAUCUCACAUAAUAACAUGAAAAAAAAGUCCGAAUUGUUAGCAAUUUACAACUACUUUUUUUUAGUUCGGCCUUCAUUAUUAUUUGUCUAUUUUCUAUUAUUCAGAGCUGCAAUAAAAACUAUAAAUAUGA